AUGAAGAAGAUCUUAGGGAAAGAAAUCAAAAGCCUGAGAUUGACUACUUAUGCAAGAGCCCUGUACUUCCAAUUGGAGGGGAUAAACCUGUCAGCAGCACAGACGUUGCGGGCAGCAUUUAUCAAAGCAGAGAAAGAGAACCCAGGCCUCACUCAGGAUAUCAUCAUGAAGAUACUGGAGAAGAAGAACGUGGAGAUCAACUUCACAGAGUCACUACUGCGCUUGGCUGCAGAUGACGUGGAAGAGUACAUGAUUGAAAGACCAGAGCAGGAAUUCCAGGACCUAAACGAAAAAGCACGAGCCCUCAAACAUAUCUUGAGUAAAAUCCCAGACGAGAUCAACGACAGAGUGCGCUUCCUACAGACCAUAAAAGACAUCGCCAGUGCUAUAAAAGAGCUGCUGGACACAGUCAACAAUGUGUUUAAGAAAUAUCAGUAUCAGAAUCGCAGGGCACUUGAACACCAAAAGAAGGAGUUUGUGAAGUACUCCAAAAGCUUCAGUGAUACGCUGAAAACAUACUUUAAAGAUGGAAAGGCAAUAAACGUCUUUAUCAGUGCCAACAGACUUAUCCACCAAACUAACUUGAUACUACAGACCUUCAAAACCGUGGCCUAGGAGACGAAGCUGUGACGUGUGCGGGAGUGUGGAGCCAGAUAUGUGUAAUAUACAAAGAUAUUUGUCUUUUCAAAGUAUAAUUGAUCAACUUUGCCUCAUUUGAAGGAACUUGAAAUGGGGAGUUCAAGACACGUUAAUUUACUCUUAGCUGAAUAAUUAUGAUUUUCACCCUUACUGACAGCUUCAUUACCUUUUUCUUUCACUGUUGUUCCGAUCAAACGAAAGCCAAAAGACUUUGCGCCUUAAAGUGUCAUACGACAUUCCAUAUUCAAAGUGUAAAUAUUGGUAUUCUUUCUUUGUCAUUGAGACAUAAAGAAUAAGAAUAGGAAUAAAUGAUGUAUUUAACAGAUAUUUGGUUAUAAAUGUUCAAUAAAUAGUUUCCAAUGUUUAAUAUUCUCUGUCUCGGGAGGUUUUUAACUUAUUCAAUUAAUAUAUCCCCACAGAUGCACUAAGGAAGUUAAAAACACAGCUUUUAUGAAGUCUGCUCUGCUCUGUAAUGUACAUUAAGAAGCACAGUUAAUGGAAGAGCUCUUCGACUUUCUAUGAGUUUAAGUGGAUAUUUAAUGGUCUCCGAGUAGAUGCAGAAGAGGGUGUCCUGGGCUGAAAGAUGCUGAGUAUAGUCUAAUUGUGUCACCCAACCUCAUAAUGUUAUUAGUUUUGAAACUGAAAACCAAAACACGCAUAUUUGCUGUCAUGUACAAACAU